AUGGGAAAUCUUUUAAAAUUCAUCGCUUUUUUCCUCGCUUUCAUCGGCCAAGUUGCCAACAUCACCGUCGAAGCUGGCAAGAAGUACAAGAAGGCGAAGAAAGCAGCUCCCGAACCUGAGCCAGAACUCGAGCAAGAGUACGAGAACGAAAAUGAGAUGGAGAAAGAAGGACCUCAAAAUGACUUGAUGCUUUUCGCCUUGAUGGUUGGCGGAGUUUGGCUGGCGCUGAUUGGCAUUCGACGGGUUUCUAGAGCUUUUUGUGGAUCUGUCAAUAUUGAGACUUUUGGAAUCUUCCUUGCCGUCGCCAUGUCCUACUACUGCUACUCUGGAAACCCUGAGCUUUUCUCAACCAUGAAUGGAAACUUCACCAAGCUCCUCGCCUCGAAAUCUGCUCCUGAUUUCGGUGCCGCGGCGAUGGAAGUGUUCCGGAACUUGGCUCAAAUUCUCCUCGUUGUUUUCAAAGACGGAUUUACCUGCAUUUCUGGUCUUUUCAAUUCUGCUCAGAAUUCUUUCAACCCUGUCAAGAACGCUUGUGUUACAGAGUAUGGAAAAAUGAGACACCUUCUGAUUUUGCUUUUCGCUGCCGUCUGCGAGACGAAAAAGAGAAAACAGGAAGAGGAGUUUUUUCAGUGCAGGGCGAAGGAAAAUUGUGGCGAGUGUAUUCAGGCCUCGCCGAAAUGCGCCUGGUGCGAAGAUCUUUCGAUCCCAACUACCGAUCGCUGCUUUGAUGCUUCCUUCAUCUCAAACUACCUCAACUGCUCCUCCCUCAUCAACCCUCAAAGUCGAAUCGAAUCAUCUCGAAAUCGCCGAUCAGCAGAUUCCGAAUCCGACAAGCAUGGAAAGCACAAGAAGCACAAGAAAAAAUCGCCGAAGAAAAAGAAGAACAAAGGCAAAUCGAACGCUGCCAAAGCUGGUUCUUUAGCUGGAAAAGCCGCGGCCGGGGCAACAGGAGCCGCAGGAGCUACAGUGCUGAGAAAACCGAUCGUCAGUGAUCGAGAUUCGGCUCAAAACCCAUUCAGUCCUUCUGCCAUGAAUCUCCAAAUCCGCCCUUUUGACGAAUUCGAAUUUGAGUGGACUUUUGAGAUGCCAGAAUAUCAACCUCUCGAUCUUUACUUUCUCUUCGAUUUAUCCUACUCGAUGGAGCCCGAUGUCAAGAACUUGAUCGCAUAUUCUGAGAAACUCUUCGAAAAGUUCGAAAAUAUUUACCCGGAAGGAAAGAGGGACUACUUCCACGUUGGCUUUGGCAGUUUUGUUGAUAAACGACUGAUGCCGGCUUCGAGUGAAAACGAUGUUAUCUUAGAAAACCCCUGCGCUCUGGACCCAUUGGAUUCUCCUUCUGGAGGAAAGUGUGCAACAAACUUCGUGUUCGAAAACAACCUUCCUCUUGCUCAACGAGACGGUGCAGAAUUCAGCAAGGAUAUCAAGCGAAACGUCAAGGUCAGUUCAAAUAUUGACUUUGAAGAAGCCGGACUCGACGCGCUGAUUCAAGCAGCUGUUUGCGACCAAGUCGGGUGGAGAAACACUGCGCAAAAGAUGAUUGUCUACAUUUCCGAUGCAGGAUUCCACACUGCUGGGGAAGGAAUCCUGAGCGGACUGCUUGAUAGAUACGAAGAAAAGUGCCAGCUUGAAAGCAACGUAGUCCGGGAUGGAGACAAAUACGACUACCCAUCCGUCGGCCAAGCCGCGAAAAUCCUCAAUGAUCGAAACAUCAUGUUGGCCUUGACCAUUUCUGUCGAUGAAGAAGAUGAUUCCGAUAUUUCCCACGUGGAAUCUUCGUACAAUGACUUGGCGAGUCUCAUCGGAAACUCUUUGGUGGAGAAGAUGUCUAGCAGACAGAAUGUGGAUGAACUCGCGGAUCAGAUUUAUAAAGCAUACAAGGAACUUUCAGAGAGGGCGUAUGUCGACUUGAGUGAAUUGCCGACCCCGGGUUAUCCGUUCAAUUGGAGAAUCACGAAGACCGAACAUUUUGAUAAAAAUGGACGACCUGUGAGAAGAGACGAUGAAUGCACAACAGAAUGCGAGCAUGUUCUCCCUGGCCACUCCGUCCGCUACACCACCCUCGUCGAGCAUGUCCCCGGCCUUGCAACUGGUUACGCAGUCAAUGCCCCUGAAAUCAGAAUCGGUGUCGUUGAAGAGCGCCUCCAAGUGGACAUGAGCUUGAUCGAACACUGCAACUGCGAAAAUAACGACGUGAACUCGGAUCAGUGCGAGUCGAAGGACCUGGAAUGCGGGAUCUGCAACUGUGGCGAAGGGUACACAGAUGAUGAGUGUAGAGUUGAUGGGGAUAAACCGCCGUGUCAGAAUGUUGGACAUUGUGUCUGUGGAGUUUGCCACUGUCCCGAUAAAUUUACUGGAGAUUAUUGCCAAUGCAACCUUCAAUCAUUCUGCAAUGCUGGAGACUGUGUCCAUGGGGAGUGCCGGGAAACAGCUGAUAGUACAAUUGAAAGCUGCAAAAUGGAAUGUGUUUGCGAAGAUGGCUGGCUAAAAGACUCUGUUGGUGCUUGUCGGUGUCCUCCAAAUCCGGAAAGUUGUCUGUCAGUUGAUGGUCAGAGCUGCGGAGGGGAGUUUCAGGGAUCUUGCGAUUGCAACACUUGCCGAUGCAACAAAAUUGCUGAUUCGAACAACAACGUCCUCGGAAAAUGGAUGGAUGACAAGAAAUGCAUCCCUUUCAAAGAUGAAUGUCAGGAUUAUUUGAAAAAAUACAUCACGUGCCGACUCGAUUUUUGCGAAUCAAAAUCAGAUGCCGAGGGUUGUUGGGAAGAAUCAGCAAAUGAAUGUCACUUGGAAAAGAACCCGAGCUACAAAAAUAUCAACUUCGAGGGAAAUACCGUCCAGAACUAUGGAAAAAUCGACAUUCAGAAUAUUCAACCUCAGACUUAUGAAAAGGCUCCAGGAUGCACUAUUCCAAUCACGAAAAUCGCCGAAUGGGGAAGCGAAAUCACCUGUUCAGCGAAUUUCGGCAUUGACAUCCGAGAAGACAACACUCUUUCUCUCAAAGUGCAUCUUUUCUCAAACGACAAGAAGUCUUUCGAGGAAAACUUGACAAAAUGCAGCAUGGACCCCAAAAAGUGGAUGACGAUUGCAGGCUGCAGUACUGCUGCUUUGUUGAUCCUUCUUAUUGCCAUCAUUGCGAUCUUGGCAAAGUGGUAUUUGAACUAUCAGUCCAAGAAAGAAUGGAUACAACAUGAGUCAAACGUCGAAAAAUCAAUGCACAAUAUGACGCAAAACGCCCUCUACACAAAUCCAACAUCAACUCACAAUGCGACUGGUGACCAAAACUCUCUUGAAACUGACAAUUUGCUGGAUAAAACGACUGGAUCUCAUGUUCUCCCAGAGACAGGAGCAAACAACAACAACGAAACUCAACUGGAUGAAACUGUUCAAGCUGGUGCGGCUGGAGAAUACUGGGGUCGAAAUCGCCAGAAAUAA